AUGGCUUCCAACGAGACCAAGUUCGAGGGAUGGGUUGCGCUGGACAAGAGCUCCGCCGAGGGCAAGAUGGUCUGGCAGGAGUACGACGUCAAGCCUUGGGAAGAGACAGACAUCGACAUUAAAAUCUCACACUGCGGCAUCUGCGGCACAGAUCUGCAUAAGCUCCGAUCCGGCUGGGGUCCGACCAACUAUCCCAUCGUCGUCGGCCAUGAGAUUGUCGGCACGGCGGUGAGAGUCGGCAAGGAGGCCGCCGCCCAGACGGGCAUCAAAGUCGGCGAUCGAGUCGGCGUCGGCGCGCAGAACGACUCGUGCCAGUGCCGCAAGCCGCCGCAGACCGUCGAGGAUCACUCCGACUGCGAAGCCUGCGCAUCCGGCAAUGAGGUUUACUGCCCGCGGAGUGUGGGGACGUACGGCAGCAAGUAUCUCACAGUUGCCGGCGGGAAGAGCAUGGGCGGCUAUGCCCGGUAUCAUCGAUGCCCCGGCAAGUUCGCCUUCAAGAUUCCCGACAACCUGGCGAGCGAGCAUGCUGCGCCCAUGAUGUGUGCGGGCGUAACGGUCUUCUCGCCGCUUGCGCACUUUGGAAACCGUGGCGAGGGCCCUCUUGACCAGCGUCUUAAGGGCAUGUCCGUUGGCGUGCUCGGAGUCGGCGGCCUGGGCCAUUUCGGCAUUCUGUUCGCCAAAGCCAUGGGCGCCGAGAAAGUGGUGGCCGUGUCUCGCCGGAGUAACAAGCGGGAAGACGCUCUGGCUCUAGGAGCAGACGAAUACAUCGCCACGGCCGAGGAGGAAAACUGGGCGAAGAACCACGCCCGGACGCUCAACCUCAUCAUCUGCCCGAUCUCGAGCUCCAACAUGCCCUUGACCGAGUACAUUGGCCUGCUCAAGCGCGACGGCGUCUUCUGCCAGCUCGGCUUGCCGGACGACGGACAGUUCAAGAUUGGCGCCGGCACGAUUUGCUCGGGACGUCGUUCGCUGACGGGAAGCUUCAUGGGAUCGCCGCAUGAGAUUCGAGAGAUGCUGCAGUUUGCUGCUGACAAGGGGAUUAAGCCGUGGGUUGAGCAGUGGCCGAUGAGCGAGGCUAACCGUGCUAUUGUUGAUAUGGAUCAUGGAAAGGCAAAGUACCGAUAUGUGUUGGUGAACGACGACCAGUAA